AUGGUCUGUGUCGAUACGCGCGAAGCCAAGGGCAGUGCUGCAACUGAUGCGCUUAUGGCCGUACACGCUGAUGCGUCAAAGAGCCGCAAAUAUGACGCCGGGGGGUAUCUCGGUCUUGUUAGUGACGCCAGUGUCGCGGUCAGCAAUACCUAUCACUAUCAGUUCUGUACCCAAUACCCUGACUGGACGUUCAGUGCUUAG